AUUCUACCAAUGCAUACAACAAAAUAAAAGCAACAUUGAAAGGCUGUUAGAUGAAAUGAUCGCGCUGUCUAAAAGAAGCAAUCUCCCUGAAGAAAUUAAGCCUGUUUUUGAAGAGUACCAGACAACGAUUGUUACUGAAGAGGUAGCAAGAGACCUUUUCAAGUUAGACAAUGCCAUAACAUGGUGUGGAUUUCGAUACCGCACAUUUUACAUAUACGUAAAUCAUACUUCUAAUGAAUCAGAGGGAAAGGUACUUGAGGAGAAGAUUUCCACAUUUCUCACAACACAUGGUAUUGUGAAAUACGAGCUUAUUUAUAUUCAAGGCGAUUUGGAAGAAUACAGCUAUAUAGGUUCGAUGAUAAGUCCUAAAAUUCAAAAGUCCAAAGAAGCUCCAAGCAAAGCUCAAGGUAAAGUUCAAGGGAAAGUUCAAGGGGGAGCUCAAGAGAAAACGCAGGACCAUCAUGCCACUCUUGGAUGUUUUGCAACAUUCAAAAACAGUAACUCUUCUUCUAUUUGUGCACUGAUUUCAAAGCACUUUGCAAAAUAUGUAGGAAAUGAAAUAUUUGAUAGGGAUAAUAGACUUUUGGGAAAAGUUAUACCAGAAACAAGGGAUGAUGGUUAUUAUGACAUCGCUGCCGCGGAGACAGUUGAUAAACGAGUGCUCAAUUUAGAUACAUUCUUUCGAAAUUAUAAGGGUGAAGUAAAGCGUGCAAGCCUAAUUGAAAAAAUGGACCAUCUGCAGGGAAAGUCUGUUUAUCUAAGAGGAGCAAAGACUCAGUUAGGCGUAGGCACGAUAGAAAUACCAGUCUUAUUAAAGUCAAAUGGGAAACACCAUAUAAAAGUACGUCCUGGAAGCUUCAAACUUGGAAAUCCACAUGCCAGAUUAGCUAUAGAAGGAGAUAGUGGUGCAAUACUUUGUUAUGAUGACGAUGAUCAAAAUAUUCGUGUUUGUUCAAUGCUCAUCGGCAAAUUUGGUGAAGAAGAAUCCUUCUGUUUUUUACCAUUGUCACAUGGUUUGGAAGAGUUGAGCAAACUUACAAACGGGGAGUUUAAACUUAUAACUCACAUGGAAAACUCUCCUGCUCAAAUUUACGCGGAAGGAGACUCUUUGCAAGCAUCUGGGUCAUGUAAAUACCUUACAUAGUGAUCAUAAAUUAAAAAUAAAUUAAAACAAAACAUAUAGCGAGCUUUAGGAAAAGGGUUUAUCGAGAUAUUGCUCUUUCCAUUGGCUAAAAUAGUAAUCAAAUUGUGUUUGCGGUUUUCAUUUUACUGUUGUUUACAUUUGACUACUUGUUAGCUCUCUUGAGCAAAGAGUGCUGACUUAGAUGUGGGAUUUUCUGAUAUCGUCCGCCGAAGGCCGUUCGUCGUUGGUAGAUGUCCAAAAAUUCUUCAAACUUCUCUUUUAGCACUGUUUCGAUUUUGACAGCAUUUCACAGGAAUAAUUCUUAGAUAGACCACUACAAAGCUUUCAGUCUGAGAAAUGGGUAGUUUAAAAGAGCCAAAAAUAGAAU